AUGCCACCAAAGGGAGUUGCAAGCAAGGCACCAGCUGCCGCCAAGGCACCUGCAUCCGCAUCAAAGGCCCCAGCUAGCAAGCAAGAUGCUGGCAAGAAGACCACCACCAGCGAAGGAAAGCCACGCAAGAAGAAGGGACGCAAGGAGACCUACUCUUCAUACAUUUACAAAGUUCUCAAGCAAGUUCACCCAGAUACUGGUAUCUCCAACCGCGCCAUGUCCAUCUUGAACUCCUUUGUCAACGAUAUCUUUGAGCGCGUCGCCACUGAGGCAUCCAAGCUCGCUGCUUACAACAAGAAGAGCACCAUCUCAUCAAGAGAAAUUCAAACCUCUGUUCGUCUUAUUCUCCCCGGUGAACUCGCCAAGCACGCCGUCUCUGAGGGUACCAAGGCUGUUACCAAGUACUCUUCAUCCACGAAAUAA